UGCGUUGAAUCAGCACGCUGCUGUGUGUCAGCUGAUGCAUGAUGGAAGGAAACAGGGAUGAAGCAGAAAAAUGUUUAAUCAUCGCCACUAAAGCACUUGAACAUGGCAAUAUAGAGAAGGCUCUGAAAUUCCUCAACAAAGCAGAACAACUAUAUCCUACCGAGAAAGCAAAAGUAUUGUUGGAAGCAUUGCUGAGGAAUGGUUCUUCGGCAGGGAAUAGCAGUGCAUAUUGCCGGAAGCCCGCAAAUGGAAUGGAGAACGGAACCCAAACCUGUAAAAAAACAAAAAAUCCGGACUCAGCAUCUGCAGAUUCAACUAAAGGAUUUACCAAGGAGCAAGCUGAAGGUGUACAAAGGAUAAAGAAGUGUAAGGAUUACUAUGAGGUACUGGGUAUCAGUAAAGAUGCCAAUGAUGAAGAACUGAAAAAGUCCUACAGAAAACUUGCUCUUCAAUUCCAUCCUGACAAAAACCAUGCGCCAGGAGCAACUGAAGCCUUUAAAAAGAUUGGAAACGCUUACACAGUGCUUAGUAACCCAGACAAGAGAAAGCAGUAUGACAUGAGUAAAGGAGAAGAGUCCGGUAGCCCAAGUCAUAACGCUCAUGGAGGAUUUGACUUCCACAGAGGCUUUGAGGCUGAUAUUACACCUGAAGAUCUCUUUAACAUGUUCUUUGGAGGCAGCUUUCCUUCAUCGAGCAACAACACGUUCACUAAUGGAAGAACACAAUACAGUCAUCAGACGGACCAAACCAGAGGAGACAGAGUGGAGGAGAGGGGAGAUGGUGGAUUCUCCAUGUUUAUUCAGCUGAUGCCGAUCGUUGUGCUAGUCCUGGUGUCAAUUCUCAGCCAGCUGCUGGUGUCCACAGCACCCUAUAGCCUAUACUCCAGACCGUCCACAGGACAGACUGUUAAGAGACAAACGGAGAACUUGCAUGUUGACUAUUUUGUCACAAGAGAUUUUAAAUCAGAAUACAAAGGCUCAGCUUUGCAAAAGAUCGAGAAGAGUGUGGAGGAAGAUUAUGUCUCUAAUGUGCGCAACAACUGCUGGAAGGAAAGACAGACAAAAACAGACCUGCUGUAUGCUGCUAAAGUCUACAGAGAUGAGAGACUACGGCAGAGAGCCGAGCUCAUGACCAUGGACAACUGUAAAGAGCUGGACAGAUUAAACAACCUGUACCGUGGAGGAUGAACCUGAAACUAAUGAACACUUAAUUAAGAGACACCAUAGAUAUUUAUGUAAAUGUUUUGUGUUUGUUUCUACAUGAUGAUAGAUGAACAAUAUAUGUAAACUAAAGUUAGAUUUCUUUAACAAUCUCUACCCUUCCUUGAAUAUUAUUUUCUGCAUAGCUCUGUAAAUCAACUUACAAUAUCUCAUUUACUUACAUCAACACCAUCAAUUCUGUUAAAGGAAAAGUUAACCUGAAAAUGAAAAUUCUGUCAUUAUUUACUCAACGUAAUGUUGCUUCAAACCCAUAUGACUUUCUUCCAUGGAGCACAAAAGGUGAGACGUCUUUACAGGGUUUAUUUGCCAUAUAAUGAAUGUAAAUAGUGACUCAAGCUUAAAACAGCAUAAACCCACAGUAAAUGUAAUGGACAAUCGAAUCAUGUCCCAAGUCUUCUGAAACCAUACGAUCACUCCGUGUGAUGAACAGGAUAAAACUGAAGUCGUCAUUCACUCUCCAAUGAAAUCAUUAAUUAAUCGCCCAAAUCAAACAUGGCAGCAAUGUCAAUAAGAUCAAACCUCACUGGUUCUCAUUGUGUCUCGACACCAAAUGUUAUGACACCUUUUUUUUUGUUUGUUUUUUUUUUUGCUGAAAUGCUAACAUGUUAAAAAUAGGGCUGUGAAUUGAUUAAAACAUUUUAACUAGUUAAUAAGUUUUCUGUGAUUAAUUGGGAUUAAAUGAUGGUAUGUGAUACAUUUCAAUAAACAUUCACCAUAAAUAUAUUUACUUUAACCAAUUUCUUGCAGCAAAGUAUAGUCACAUUUAUUUAAAUUAUUUAAAUAUGAACAUGUUAAAAUGUUCAGGUUAAUUUGACACAUUUGUAUAGGUAUUAAUCUUUGAUACAUGUAUAGGGAUACAUGCUAUAAAAUCAGUGGACAUGCUGUAAUUAUAAUUUGGGCGAAAUCUUCUGCUGUUUCCAGUGGUCUUAUUUUAAUAAUAGGAUCAAAUGGGCAGAUUCAAUUCAUAUCAAAGUUUAUUGGCAAGAGAAACUUAAAGGGAUAGUUCACCCAAAAAUGAAAAUUCUGUCAUCAUUUACUCACCCUCAUGCCAUCCCAGAUGUGUAUGACUUUUGGACCGUCAAAGUGCUGGCACCUGUUUACUUGCAUUAUAUUGAUCUUCUAAAAAUCUUCAUUUGUGUUCUGCAGAAGAAAGAAAGUCACACACAUCUGGGAUGGCAUGAGGGUGAGUAAAUGAUGAGAGAAUUUUCAUUUUGGGGCGAACUAUUGCUUUAUCAAAAUUACAAGUAAGAGGCAUAAAAAAUGGCACAGCUGAUUAUACCCAUGGCGACCCGGCUGAGUGGCGGCGCGGUACUGGAGUCUAUGUUAGUGUUUAAAACAGUUAACUCGAACUGCUCUGACCGAUUCAGUGAGUGAGAGACCUAAUACGGUGGCCAUCUGGUGCACAACACCAAAAACAAAAACAAAACAAAAAUUAAGCCACAAACCUCACACAUCUUGAAACUGAAGUUUUUAUGCUGGUUAUGUGUUGAAUGUAUAUUUUACAUAUUGCGGGCAUGUUCAAACUUGAGUGUGCACUGCUUCCGGUAUAAACCACUUCCAGUUCUUUUAGCAGUAUAAAGACUAAAUGAUGCAGCUUUGUAUCGCAGCCUGGCAAUAUAUGUCAUCGUAUAACUAGAAUUCAUUAUUAUCGGCAUGAACCCAUUGGUUCAGAAUGCAUAUAGUUUUACAGUUUACUACACUCUGCGGUCGUGAACUGCUACAGUGUCAUCACACACCACCGCCAUUAUAACUGUUACAAUAUAGUUGAGCCAAUAGAUUCUGAUCUUGAGCUAGUGUGAGCUGCACAACUAUAGAAGCAGAGUGAGAUGAGCACAGCUACGUGAAUAGAUGUUGUACUGCUGGACCUGAAAUAACGAACAUUGUUGUCAAACAGCUGCUAAAAUUUGAUUGGUCGAUGGCGGCCAUGUUUUUCAAGAUAUGCGACUGUCCUAAUAGAUCAUGGCACAUUGAACAAAGACACUACAUGCAAAAUUUACAGUCGAUAGGACCAACGGUUGCAUAGUUAGAGCCAUUUUUAUAUUUGUCUUUGGUUUAGCGCCACCAAGUGGCCGAGGUGCGCAGUGUUUUUAUGUGUCCUCAGAUUGACCUCCUACAUAAUUGCCUCAAUUUUGGUGAUAAUAUGUCAUUCCAUUCAAGAGUUCUAAACCUUUUAGUAUAAUUUGCCAUGCCCUCUAAGUAUGUUUUGUCGUAUCUUUGCGACGAUUAAUCAAAGUUACAACUUUUUUGAUAAUUAUUGCUACUGGGACUCCAGAGAAUCUUUCAGAACUGGUUUGGUUUCAAUCGGGUGAACCGCCUAGGACUAGUGCAAAAAUUUUAUUUUGAAAACAAUCCAAAAUUGCGCAAAUUGAUUCGACAUGAUGCUUGUGAACGACGGCCACAAGCCUCAUUGCUUUUGCUUUAAUUUGAACAUGCAGCACGCUUAUGUCACGCGAGAGGCAGCGUGAACUGAUUCCCCUCAUGGCGUAUUGGAGAGCAACCGGAAAUUAUUAUAGUGGAAAGGACAUAAAUAUUGAUUGGUUUCUCAACCAAAGCGAGCGUAUUGCUUUAGAAGACAUACAUUAAACCACUGGAGUCUUAUGGAUUACUUUUAUGCUGCAUUUAUGUGCUUUUUGAGCUUCAAGGUUCUGGUCACCAUUCACUUGCAUUGUAUGGAGCUCUAAAUCUUCAUUUGUGUUCUGCAGAAGAAAGAAAGUCAAACACAUCUGGGAUGGCAUGAGGGUGAGUAAAUAAUGAGAGAAUUUACAUUUUUGCGUGAACUAUUCCUUUAAUAAUAAUAAUCCUAACAAGAACAACAGUGUUUCAGCACUUCCUGCUUGAACCUCUAAUAAUAUACCACAACAGAUUACGAAUAACAAAGCACAUAACCUACAGUUUUGAACUGUAUAGCGUUUCUGGUUAUUACAUGUAGCCCAAAACUCCAAAACAUGUAUUGAGACAAAUAUUUUACAAAUAAUGUGGUCACAAUACUGACUCCCAACCUUAUUCAUGUAAUGAAAAAUUGCAGUUGUUAUUAAAAUAUUUUACAAUAUUUCAAUUGAUAAUUAUUCUGUUAACUUUUUUAGUUUUUAUUGCCAGGAGAAUAUAACAUAUUACACAAUAAUAUAUAUAUAUAAAUUAAUUCAUUCACAUUUAAUAAACCUGAACUGGGGAAACAAAAAAUCAAUGGGGGUGUAAUUUUAACCAAAAAUAAAUAAAAAACAUUUCAACAAAUAAAU